GGCGGCAGCGCGCGCAUGGAGGCGGCCGGGCAGCGCGAGCCUCUGGGGCGCUUCCUCCUCCCAGAGCAGCGGAAAAAGGCUGAUGCAUCUGCUUUUGCUGAACAGGAGGAAUUUGAAGUGGUGAAGACUUUCAGUUGGAGGCAUGGAAAAGGUUUGGCAGAACAUGCGAUGGAGAAAGCGAAAAGCGCCCUUGAGGAAUGGGAAGACUUUGAGUCACCCUACGAAGACUCCGAGUCAGAUGGCGAAGACUUAAGCGUGCCCACAGAUACAGCUUUUAUUGAGACGAAAACUGUAUCUCACUAUGUAGAAGAGGACUGGGAUAAAGAGUUGGAAGAAAACGAAAACAAUAGCAAUCCUUAUGAUUUUGAAGAUGUGAUUCACUGCGGAGGUUUCUUGGAUCAAGAGCCAGUGGCAUGUUCAGUUCAAGAAAAGCCUUUGUAUGACCCAAGCUUGCACCAUGUAGCACCGGUGAUUUGGAGACAGGUAGAGACCAUGCCAGUGGAAGGCCAAUUUGACGACGCUGUUGACUGAGGUGACACUGGGGUAGAAAUGCGGACUUCUAAACUUAUAUCUCCUUGAAACUUACUUGAGACUCAACAUGAACACCUCUUGUUUUUUUUGUGAAAUGGUUUAUAAAACUUGGAAACUAGAAAAGUGGAAUAUCAGAAACUAGGUGGAUGGCAAUUUUGUAGCACUUUUCGCUUUAAACUGGCUUGGAAACGGUAUAGGUUUUAUUUUUUGGUUUAGCAUGCUGUUACUGUGAGCUGCUUAUUAUUUUCCCCUUGUCACGUGUGCAGUUUUAGUUCUUUGAUUUGAUGUGAAUGACCUCAUUGAGCUGUCAAUCCAUAUUUGUAUCCAUGUUACAAACCCAACAUCGUAACUGUUGCACUUCAGUUUUCUUGUAUAUGUUAUUUAUUAGACAUUGGUGUUCUUACAGGAUCGCUCCUGAAGAAUACAGGCUUUUUGAGUGUG